AUGGAAGACGUCUUCCGCAACCUGAGCACCCUGGACUACUGGGGACGAGGCUAUGGGACAGAAACCUCCUUUCAAGCCACUGAACUCUGGUUGAACGACACGACCGGCAAGGUGACCACGGUGACCAAGAAAAUCGACCCGAUUAAUGUGGAUGGCUGGAUCAAAGAAGAGACAUCAGGCUCCGGGGACCAUGCGCAAACCCUAAUCGUGCGACUGGUUUGGAUUGACGUCGAUCUCCAGGAUAAGAUUAUCAAGCAAUCAGAACGAACUGCCAAGUCCAUCAUCAAUACCUUUGGGCUGGACCUCGCCUACAGUUAUGCGCGCAGUUGCGUCGCCGGUGCCACAACCUUUCCCGUCAGAGCUUACCGCGAGGACGCACAAAUACAACCCUUUUGCUUCUGCUACCCGCCGAAAAUAGCAACCGUCUGGGCACAGAGACAGCCAAAAGAUGGCAAGCCGGGCCGGAAGCUCACACAGGCCAUAUGCUUUGUCCAGGAAGAAGAGAAGAGCGCGCUGCAAAAGGCGCUUCUCGGAAAUUGGACGCUUGACAUCUACCGCAACCCUGUGUUCCCUUCGCUUUUAUUGGCUCUUGUGAUUGGGGUGCAGAUUGACGUUACCACCCUGACCAUCAAGAAUGAUAUUCGGCGCGUGGAGAAGCGCACUGGCUAUCAUAACUUUGCGAGCCGGCAUGGCGAGGUGCGCUCCGAGGGUGAGCUGGAGGAGUUGCUGGCCAAGACGAGUGGGAGUGCGUCUAAGCUGGCGAGCACGUCGAGAAAGUCACAGGUGCUGGAAAGACUGCUCAGUUUUAUGGACAAGACGCUUGAUACAUCCAUCACUAGCUUCCAGGAACAACUUCGAGAUGCUACUCCCAAACAUCCGGCGCCGGAAGGCAUCAAGGAGGAGUUGCAUGGGUAUUCCGUGUUGAAACACCACGUCUCGGUUCUCCAGGAAAGACAAGGAAUGCAAGUCACGGAUAUAGAGUACACUCUUAAGCGAGUACAAGUCCAAAGUGAUGCGCUGUUCAACAUUAUCCAACAAAAUCACGCCAACUUCAAUCUUGAGCUCUCCCAAUCAACCGAGCAAAUCGCCUACUUUAGCUACCGCGAUGCUGCCUCCAUGAAAACACUUGCCGUUGUGACCAUGUUCUUCCUCCCGGGUAGUUUUAUUUCGGCCCUCUUCUCUACAAAUUGCUUUGAAUGGGCAGCCGUGGAUUUGAAGUCGAGUUCCAUAGGCGUGAAGGCUACUCCUCAGAUGAGUCUGUACUGGGCGAUAACUAUACCCUUGACCGUCCUGACAUUUUCCCUGUACUUUUUGUGGUUGGCGUUUCAGAAACGAGAGCGUGAUAACAUGGUUAAAGAUCAAAAGAGACAGAAGGCCAUGGGUGAUUUGCGACUUGAACGGUCAAUGACACCGAAGAGUUUGGAAGAGGCGGAGGAUAGGAAGUUGGCUAGACGGAGGAUGACGAUUUUAGAAAAGAGAGGCUCGACGUUUGAUGUAGUGUGA